UUUUUUUUUCUUCCCCGUUCCGGUUCCCUUUUCAACUUUGGUCCACACAUCCACACAUCAUAUUCACCAUCACACAUCAUAUUCACCAUGUCGAAUGUGCGUGUGGUUGUCCGGUUUCGCCCUCAGAACGGCAUUGAGGCGGCGAAGGGCGGGGCCAUGGUCGUCAAGUUUGAUCCGCCGACCCAGCCGCAGCAGUCCUCCGCCGCCUUCCGUUCCAGCCUGACGGAUCUCUCUGCCGAUGCUGCUGCUUGCCGUGGCGUCACCGUCGACGAGGCCGGCGUGCCACAGUCGUUUGCGUUCGACCGCGUCUUCGACCCACUCACGUCGCAGCAACAAGUGUACGAAUAUGCAGUGAAGAGCAUUGUCGAAGAUGUUCUCAAAGGCUACAACGGAACAGUUUUUGCGUACGGUCAAACUUCCAGCGGCAAGACCUUUACGAUGGAGGGUCCGGAUAUCGACGAUGAACGGUUCAAGGGCGUCAUCCCUCGCAUCAUUGAAAAUAUGUUUGACUACAUUGAAUCCGCUCCAGAACACCUCGAAUUCACCGUGAAGGUGUCGUACUUUGAAAUCUACCUUGAAAAGAUCCGUGAUCUGCUCGACACUUCCAAGGACAACUUGCAGAUUCAUGAAGACAGAAUCAACGGCGUGCAUGUCAAGGGCGUCACUGAGGUCUACGUGGCCAACCCCCAGGAGGUUCUUGACGUCAUGAAGGCUGGCAAAGGCAGCCGUGCCGUUUCGCACACACAAAUGAAUGCCGACAGCUCGCGCAGCCAUUCGGUUUUCAUGGUCGUUAUUCAGCAGCGAAACCUCACUACCCGCACUGUUCGGACGGGCAAGCUGUGUCUUGUCGAUCUUGCCGGCUCUGAGAAGAUUGGCAAAACAGGUGCUGCGGGCCAAACGCUAGAAGAGGCCAAAAAGAUUAACAAGUCGCUUUCGGCCUUGGGCAAUGUGAUCAACGCUCUGACCGACCCGAAGGCAACCCAUGUCCCGUACCGAGACAGCAAGCUCACUCGCGUUCUUCAAGAAUCGCUGGGUGGCAACGCUCGCACCACCAUCAUUAUCAACUGUUCGCCAUCGUCUUACAAUGUGGCUGAGACGAUUUCUUCGCUUCGUUUUGGCACGAGAGCCAAACGCAUCAAGAACAACGCCAUCGUCAAUCAAGAAUUGAGCGCUGACGAGCUUCGCAAGCGAUUGGAAAAGGCCAAGGCAGAGCUGCUUCAGCUCAAGGGGUUGCUAGUUUUGGCCGAGCAAGAGCUUUCUAUCUGGCGGGCGGGUGGUCAUGUUGCGCCGAGCAACUAUGCCAUUCUCACACUUGAGGCAGCUGCACUGCGCGAGUUAACUGAAACACUGCAAGACGAUCGCAACGUUCCCAUCUCGACGUCGUCAUCGUCGCAGUCGUUGUCGGCAUUGGCUGCCGCCGACCAGCCUCCUUCACUGCUUUUGCCACACUCGAGCUCUUCUCACAGCCUUGCAGAGGCAUCGCGUGGCCCGAGCUUUGACGUUUCUCGCGACUCUGCCAACCACGACACGCAGAGCAUUGCUGAAUCGACCAUCUCCGGCAUGGAUCGUCCAGAACCCAACAACAGCUUCUCUGUCCAGGAGCGUGAUGAGCUUCUUCGUCACGAGAACGAGCUUUUGGAUCAGAUUCAAGUCAAGGAACAACUCUUGCUGGCCUUUGAAGAAGAAAUUAAGGCGCUUCGGAUUGAGGCACUGCGAGUGCCCAGCCUAGUGACUGAGCGCGAUCACUUGUACACGGAAGUGUCUGCUCUCAAGCGAUUGCAAGAGCGCGCCGCGAUCGAAACGAACGAGCUUGAGCUGACGAUCGAGUCGCUUACCGACGCCAAUAAGCAAUUGGCCAUGCAGCUGCAACUUCAACAAGAGGCCACCGAUCUCACAUCCGGCGCAACUGAGCGACGCAUCGCCAAGGAGACUGCGGAUCGGUUGGGACACCUUAUUGCAAGCGUCAAAGGUCAGACCGACCGUGAUCCUCACGUCGCGGACUAUAUUACGCGUCAGCUGUCCCUUGAUGACACGCCCGAAAGCCAAAUGCAGAUUCUCGAAAAAGCCUUGCAAGAGAAACUCAACCAAGCAAAACAUCUGGUCGUCGAGCGGGAAGCUCAGAUUUCGGCCAACGAGGCGCGUCUCGAGGAUGUAUCCGCUCAGCUGGCUCUGGCGCUGCGUGAACGCGAGACAAACAAGCAGAAAAUCAACUCGCUCGAAGAUGAAGUGUCGAGUUUGUUGAACAAGGUGAUUCAUUACGAAGAGCAGCUCCUGCAGUCCGUGGAUCAGACCGAGAAGAUUAAAGAAAGCAGAGAGUCCUUGAAUCAGCAACUGGGAGCUCACAUGGAGCUCUUCGAAACACAAACACGAGAAAUGCGCGCUUCGUUGGAUCGCAAACAGGCUGAUGUCGACCAUUUGACCGAGCUGAAUCGCGAUCAAAAGGCGCAAAUUUCGUCGCUGACUACGACUCUGGAGCGCGAGCGGGCGAGUGCAGCCGAGACCAUUGAAAAGUUGUCGUCUCAGGGUAGUCACACACAGUCAGCACUGGAGGCCGAGCUCGAGUCGCUCAAGACGUUGAUGAGCACUCAACAGCGGGAAUUCGAAACGCUUCGCAACGCCUCCGUCUCUCUCACAGCGGAGAACAAACGUCUGCUCAUUGAUAUUGCUGGCCAAUGCAAGAAGGUGGUCGAACUGGAAAUGGCGCUCGACUCUGCACACGAGAACUUUGAGGUGGUUGUUCAAUUGGCCGGCAAAAAGGAGCAAAAUCGCCGCGUUAUCGACCGUGAGGCCAAGAUCCGGCAGCUGCAGAACACGCUCAAAGAAGUUCAAUCUGUGCAGUCCAAGCUCAUUCAUCAAAACGAACAACUCGCAAAUGAGAGCACCAUGAAUAAAAAGCUGCUGACCACUCGCACAGAGCGUGUCAUGCUGCUGCAAGGGUUGCUGAAUGACAAGGAGGAGAGCUUGCGCAAGACUGAAAACGAGAAUCUUCGGCUGCGUGACCAGCUCGCCCUCUUGCAGCAAGGCACCCUACCUGCAACGUCGUCCACGAGCUCUUCUGCGGCCGUUGCGACGGCUGGUGGCUUUUCUGCCACUUCUGAGCGAUCACCAGCGUCCAUUGUCGCGCGAAUGGCAGAGGGUCCGCGUGUGGCCAAGCCCAUUCGCGGCGGCGGAUUGCUGCGGCAAGCCUCAGGUGGCAGUCGCAAGCCCGGUGGCGAUGCAACUCCGUCAAAAGCUCACUUCUGGGAGCGCCUGGAUCGCAAGUCGACUCAAAACUCGCCCAUGCAUCGCUAGUCUGACUUUUUGGGUCUAUUCUACGUAUCCGCAUUGUCGAUCAAUUCAGUGACUUGAAAAACCCAAUGAAUCUCUUGAAACUGCAAGGAAAAGUGGUUCAUUCUUUUGACAAAAACAGUUCGAC